AUGCUCUUCCCACUCGACUCUUAUGCGCCGAUGGUUAAGCGCAUUAUCAUCGACUCUCAAUUUGUCACAGGGGAGGCAGUGCUAAUUGACAGAAUGUCUGAUCAACCACACGCCUCGGCGUCUCCCAAGGAGGACCGCCCAGGCACUCCACCUGCGCCAGGCACACCUCUGGCCGAUCCAGAGGAGAAGCUUGAGACCAGAGAAGAGUCGGAAGAGCAAGAACAGGAAGACACACAACCGGGAGAGCAGCAAGAAGAGAAGGAUCCGGAGCUAGAGAGCAAAGAAGACGAUGAGAAGCCCGACGAGUCCAACUCCGCGCCGCCACUGCCCGACGAAGUCCCUCCGCCACUCCCCGAUGAAGCACCGCCUGGCCCAGCGGAGGAUGAUGGAUGGGAGCCCGUGUGGGAUGCCAACGCCCGGGCGUUCUAUUUCUACAACCGGAUCACUCUUGUCUCUCAGUGGGAGAAUCCCCGAGUACCCGAAGCAACAGCCCCGGGCACAGAAAGCGCCAGCGCAGCCGUCAUCCCAGAACCUCCGAAGAAAAACGAAGCUGUACUUGGAGGCUACAAUCCGGCGAUCCAUGGCGACUACGACCCGACCGCUCCCUAUGCGCAACAGUAUGAGGAACAACCGCAAGAGACUGGUGGACCUGCGCUCGAUCCAUCCGCCGCAUAUGCCUCCACUGGCACAUUCAACCGGUUUACCGGCCGCUGGCAGGCAGAUUCGAUCAACCCAGAGAACUUCAAUGACGAAAACAAGUCGCGGCGACAGAUGAAUGCCUUCUUUGACGUUGACGCCGCAGCCAACAGCCACGACGGCCGGAGUCUCAAGGCUGAGCGGAGCGGAAAGAAGCUCAGCAAGAAGGAGCUGAAGAUGUUCAAGGAGAAGCGCCGGGAAAAGAAAGAGGAGAAGCGGAGGGCGUGGCUGCGGGAUUAA